AUGACCAUCAUAAACACUACCAACAACAAUGCUACCGCAAACGAGACCAGAUACGCCGUCCAAGAAACACCCCUAGGGUCAACUCGACCUAUUCGGGUGAUUGCAAUCGGAGCCGGAGCAUCCGGUUUAAACCUAGCACAUCAAGUCAACAAGCAUAUGUCCAACAUCGAGCUGACGAUAUACGAAAAGAACCCCGAGGUGGGUGGAACCUGGUACGAGAAUCGUUAUCCAGGAUGCGCGUGCGACAUCCCCUCCCAUAACUACCAGUUCACAUGGGCCCCUAAUCCGGACUGGUGUGCUUUCUACUCGCAGGGGCCAGAGAUUUUGGAGUACUUUCGCGAACUUGCGCGGAAAUACGAUUUAUAUAAGUUCAUUCAGCUCAGCCACCGCGUGGUGGGGGCACGAUGGGAAGAGGAUGACGGUAUCUGGAGGCUUCAGAUUGAAAAUCUCGCUUCCGGACAUGUUUUCGAUGACCACUGCCACUUCAUGAUCACAGCUUCUGGAGUUCUCAACAACUGGAAGUGGCCUGAUAUCCCGGGAUUGGACACUUUCAAGGGACAUCUUGUCCAUAGCGCUGCAUGGGACGAUUCUGUCUCCUACAAGGGAAAGCAUGUCGCGGUGCUUGGAUGUGGAUCGUCUGGAGUCCAGAUUGUGCCUACUAUCCAACCAGAGGUCAAAAGCUUAGUGACCUUCAUCCGAACCCCAACUUGGAUUACCGCCGGGUUUGCUCAGAGCAAAGCAGGGCCCGGGGGAUCUAAUUUCCUCUGUAAGAUGUCACAUGUGACUGGAACAUCCCGGAAGAUCAUUCUGAAAGACAGCCCGGAGCAAGAAGAAGCAAAAAAUUUCUCUCUGAACGAAAUGAGAUCCAAGCUGGGAGCCGACUCGCCACUGUUGAAGCAUAUAAUUCCAACUUUUGGGGUUGGAUGCCGGCGACCAACUCCUGGAAAUGGAUAUCUCGAGGCACUGGGACAGGAAAAUGUACGGGUCGCUAUAGACCCUAUUGCCGAGAUUGUGCCAGAAGGAAUCAAACUGGCAACAGGAGAAGUCAUCCCAGUAGACGUACUCAUCUGUGCUACUGGCUUCGAUAUCUCGUUCCAGCCUCGCUAUCCUGUGGUGGGCCGCAACGGCGUCAGUCUGAAGGAUCAGUGGAAACGAUUCCCCACGGCAUAUCUGACGUUGGCGGUGCCGAAUUUCCCCAAUCACUUCAACAUUUUUGCAGCGAACAGCGUGGAGUACGCACUGCAGGUCAUGGUUUAA